AUGGCUCGAAUCCACUUUACCAGCGGCGAGACCAGUGUCUCGAAACCGGUCAAGAGAAUGCGUUGGGCUACAACUCGGAAACCUGGCCAGACCGGAGCGAAGAAAAGACUCUCUCUGCUUCAAAGGGUGCCUAAAGUGACCGUCUCGACCUAUGAAGAAAAGCCGGAAGGCCCCAAAAUGGCCGGUCUGAUCACCGACGAGAGUCCUCUCGGAGAGCAGCAAAUACAAUCGGAAUCCAACGGGCGCCAGAUCUACGUCAAUCUACCUCUGCCUCCAGAAGCAAGAACAGAAGACGGCCGCAUCAAGGCCCAGUACUCGAGGAAUAAGAUUAGAACAGCAAAAUAUACCCCUCUCAGUUUCGUGCCAAAAAACUUAUGGUUUCAAUUCCACAACAUCGCUAAUAUAUACUUUUUCUUUAUCGUUAUCCUCAGUAUAUUCUCCAUUUUCGGCGCCUCGAAUCCCGGCCUGGGAUCUGUACCUCUGAUUUUCAUCCUGACAGUGACUGCCAUCAAGGACGCAGUGGAGGAUUGGCGCAGAACGGUGCUGGACACCGAACUCAAUAACUCCCCCGUGUACCGGCUAGUGGAUUGGGAAAAUGUCAACUCCUCUGACGACGACAUCUCCCUGUGGCGGCGCGUCAAGAAGGGCUGCACAAGGGCCGUCAUUACAACCUAUCGCUGGAUGAAGAGCCUGAGGAGAGGUCAACCUAAACGCUCCGAAAAAGAUGCGAUUGCCGAUCACCCCGGCUUGCACAGGAAUCAUUCAAUCGCUACCAGGAAUACUCGUCGAAGCUCGAUCUACUCGGAAGAAGGCGACUCUUUCCAUUCUUCCCAGAGUCAGACCGGCGAUGACAUUGCGAUGACUCCCGUGCCAUCACCAGGCUACCGAUCGAGCCUCCCUCCAGAUGCCAAUGGUGGACCUCCGAGUAGUGCAUUUUCCUACGAGACAGCUGAUGAAGCUCGCGCUGGUGGAGACAACGCGCCUUCGAUGCUCCGGACGCAACAUUCUCCGAAGAGGAAGAGCGUCGUUCCACCUAAGAAGGACUAUGGCAACGUGAUCAACCCUCACAAGGAAGUUCCUGAUACCGCCCGCUUCAAGAAGGACUGUUGGAAAAAUGUCAAAGUGGGCGAUUUUGUCCGUAUCUACAACGACGAGCCUGUCCCAGCCGACAUCGUCGUGCUAUCUACCUCUGACCCGGAUGGUGCUUGCUACGUUGAGACGAAAAACUUGGAUGGCGAGACAAAUUUGAAAGUCCGCCAAGCCCUUCAGGCAGGACGCAAAGUCAAGCACGCCCGAGACUGUGAAUUUGCCGAGUUCUUGAUCGAUAGCGAAGGACCUAACCCGAACUUGUAUGCUUACAAUGGAGUGGUUCGUUGGCAACAGCAGGACCCCAAGAACCCUAAUGCUCCCACGCGUGACAUGGCGGAACCCAUCAGCAUCAACAACAUGCUUCUACGUGGCUGCAGCUUGAAAAACACUGAGUGGAUUCUCGGAGUGGUUGUGUUCACUGGGGGUGAGACCAAAAUCAUGCUUAAUUCUGGUAUCACCCCCAGCAAACGUGCACGGAUGGCUAGGGACCUGAACUGGAACGUCAUCUACAACUUUAUCAUCUUGUUCUUCAUGUGCUUGGUUGCCGGUAUCGUGCAAGGUGUCACCUGGUCCGAAAACAACAACUCUUUGAACUUCUUCGAGUUCGGCUCAAUUGGCGGCAAUCCCCCGACCGACGGCUUCAUCACUUUCUGGGCCGCCGUGGUACUGUUUCAAAACUUGGUGCCCAUUUCUUUGUACAUCACCUUGGAAAUCGUCAGGUCCAUCCAAGCCUUUUUCAUUUGGUCCGAUAUCCACAUGUACUACGAAAGGCUCGAUUACCCUUGUACCCCCAAGAGCUGGAACAUUUCGGAUGAUCUGGGACAAAUCGAGUACAUCUUUUCGGACAAGACUGGAACAUUGACUCAGAAUGUGAUGGAGUUCAAGAAGUGCACCAUCAACGGCGUCCAGUAUGGCGAGGCCUAUACCGAGGCUGAGGCAGGGAUGCGAAGAAGACAAGGAGUUGACGUCGAGGCUGAAGCUGCCCGAGUGCGUCAAGAAAUCGCAGAGGCACGCGUUGAGAUGCUGAAGUUGCUUCGCAAGACCUACGACAAUCCUUAUCUCCACGACGACGACCUCACGUUCGUUUCUCCGAACUUUGUGGCUGAUCUAAAUGGGCAAUCAGGCGAAGCACAACAAGCGGCGGUAGAACAUUUCAUGAUUGCUUUGGCACUUUGUCACACAGUAAUCACCGAAACAACCCCGGGUGAUCCACCAAAGAUCGAAUUCAAAGCCCAGUCUCCCGACGAAGCUGCCCUUGUUGCCACGGCGCGUGAUGUAGGUUUUACAGUCCUGGGCCGUACUAACGAUGACCUCCAUGUCAAUGUCCUUGGCGAAGAUCGAACCUAUCGGAUUCUGAACACUCUGGAGUUCAACUCGACAAGAAAGCGAAUGAGUGCCAUUGUGCGCAUGCCCGAUGGCAGAAUCAAGCUGUUCUGCAAGGGAGCCGACAGCAUGAUUUACUCGCGUCUUGCCCGUGGUCAACAGCAAGAACUCCGCAAGGCGACCGCUGAGAAUCUGGAGAUGUUUGCUCGUGAAGGGCUCCGGACUCUCUGUGUGGCGGAAAGAGACGUGGAUGAAGAUUUCUACCAAGAAUGGAACAAGGACCACGACUUUGCCGCACAAGCUUUGGCCGACCGAGAGGACCGCCUUGAAGAGGUGGCCGAUCGAAUUGAGAGAGAACUUACACUCCUUGGAGGCACGGCUAUCGAAGAUCGUCUACAAGAUGGUGUUCCUGACACGAUUGCUCUGCUUGGCCAAGCUGGCAUCAAGCUCUGGGUCCUUACCGGUGACAAGGUCGAGACUGCCAUCAACAUUGGGUUCUCUUGUAAUUUGCUCUCGAACGAGAUGGAUCUGAUCCUUUUCGAUAUUCCCGAGGCCACUAUCGAUGAAGCUGCCAAGCUGCUGGAUCAACAUCUCCAAACUUUCGGAUUGACCGGUUCCGACGAGGAACUCGCAGCCGCUCGACUUGUUCACGAGCCUCCGCCUCCGACCCAUGCGUUAGUCAUUGACGGAGAGUCGCUCAAGUUGGUCUUGCGAGAUGAGCUUAGACAGCGGUUUUUGGUGUUGUGCAAGCAGUGCAAGUCUGUCCUUUGUUGCCGAGUUAGCCCUGCACAGAAAGCCGCCGUGGUUCAGCUUGUUAAAACCGGACUCGACGUCAUGGCAUUGUCUAUUGGCGAUGGUGCCAAUGAUAUUGCCAUGAUUCAAGAGGCCGACGUCGGGGUCGGCAUUGCUGGUGAAGAAGGGCGACAGGCCGUUAUGUCGUCCGACUAUGCCAUUGGCCAAUUCCGUUUCCUGCAACGACUGGUUCUCGUCCACGGCCGUUGGUCUUACCGCCGUCUCGCCGAGAGUAUUGCCAAUUUCUUCUACAAGAAUUUGGUCUGGACUUUUGCUCUGUUCUGGUACCAGAUAUACAACAACUUUGACAUCACCUACCUCUUUGAUUAUACCUACAUCCUUCUCGUGAACUUGGCCUUCACCUCUGUGCCCGUCGCUCUGCUAGGUAUUCUGGAUCAAGACGUGAGUGACAAGGUGUCUCUUGCAGUACCCCAGUUGUACCGACGAGGAAUGGAACGAAAGGAAUGGACGCAAGUGAAGUUCUGGUUAUACAUGGUUGACGGCUUAUAUCAAUCUGCCAUUUGCUACUUUAUGGCCUACCUCCUCUUCCAGCCUGCAACAUUUGAGACCGAGAACGGACGAGGCAUUGCCGAUCGAAGCCGCAUGGGCGUCUAUGUCGCUUGUGUGACCAUCAUCGUGAUCAACUCCUACAUCCUCCUCAACACGUACAAGUGGGACUGGAUCAUGGUAUUGAUCACCGUCAUCAGCUGCCUCUUGAUCUUUGCCUGGACUGGUAUCUAUUCUUCUUUCGAAGCGUCCUUCCAAUUCUACAAGGCCGGCUCCGAGGUCUAUGGGCAAUUAACCUUCUGGGCACUAACACUCCUGACAUUCGUGAUAUGUCUGCUACCUCGCUUCUGUGUGAAAUAUUUCCAGAAGAACUACCUGCCCUACGACAUCGACAUUGUCCGAGAGCAGGUCCGGCAGGGCAAGUUCAAGUACUUGGACGAGUACGAGGCUUACGUUCCUCCCAAAGUCGUCGAUAUUUCGGGGACAUCAUCUGAACAACCUGAGGAAGUUCACGCCGAGCCAAAUGGCCAGCAGCAGCCUCAACAUGCGAGAUAUGGAAGCAUGGCGGAAUCGCAACGACCGAUCUAUCCCCCCUCAGAAGCACCUACCCGUCACCCUCACAGUCAAACAGGCAGUGAUGGCACGGAUAGGACCCAGCCGUCCUUCGACACCGCUGGACUUCACGGAGACUCGUCUACUCCGGAGAAGUUGCGGCGGAGGAGACCCUCGGUAGAGCGUGCUCGCUCGUCGUUUGAUAGGCAACGCCAGUCUUUCGACAAGCUGAGACCGAGUUUCGAAGGCAGUCGUGAUUUCACCAGUGCCGCCAUGCUGUCAAGGAUGGAAUCUCAGUAUUCCCAACCUGGUCUUAGUGAGGUCAAUACUCGGGUGAUUCCCGAGGAGAGUGUUUAG